UACCAGCUCUGGUCACACGGUCACAAAUUUCGUAAACAUUAAAAAGUAGCAUCGCAGUAUAAUAGUAGGAUAAUGUCGCAAAUACAGUAGUAAAAAGAACAAGAAUGGAGGUGUUCCAGACCGAUUCGCACUAUAUCUUCGUGAAGCGGGACAAGAGUUUGUGGUGGCAUCGUAGGACGUCGGAGUUCUCGAUUAAAGCUGGAUGGGACCUCAGUUCUGUGGACGACAUCGAGUGCAUUGGUGUAACACAUGGCAUUGUGGGGGUGAUUUCGCUGUCCAAUGUCUAUGAGCCCCAUUUGAUUGUGAUCAAGGAGGCAUUGGCAGUGGGUGUGCUAUAUCCACCUCAUUUGGUGUACAAGAUCAAGUCCAUAUGCAUACUGAGUGGCGAGGAACCAGACACCGAUUUGCUGAUCUGCACCAAGCACGCCAAGAGCAGCCAGUGCACUCCCACCCACAGCGUCUCCUCCUCGAACAACAACGAUGCCAGCGUUCCGGUGAGCAGCGGUGGCUCCUCUAAGAGCACCAAGCUGUUCGAGGGUAUGAACAAGACGUGGGGUGCCGUGAAAAGUGCGGGUAACACUAUUAAGGCCACCACUCAGCAAGCUGCGAAUUUGGCCACUAAGCAAGUUAAGUCUUCAGUGGGGUUCAAGGAACCGAAGCACAUCGAACGGCGCAUUACCGAGGAGCUGCAUAAGAUAUUCGACGAGACGGAUAGCUUCUAUUUCAGCUUCGACUGCGAUAUAACCAACAAUUUGCAACGUCACGAGGCCAAAUUGGAGGAGAAUCAGUCGAAGCCGGAUGAACGAUUUUUCUGGAACAUGCACAUGAUACGGGAUUUGCUUAACUUGAAUGAUAAAACAUGGAUACUGCCCAUCAUUCAAGGAUUUAUGCAAGUUGAGAAUUGUGUAAUAGGCAACGAGUGCUUUACAUUGGCUUUAGUGUCGCGAAGAUCACGUCAUCGAGCGGGAACACGGUACAAGCGACGUGGCGUAGACGAGAAAGGAAAUUGUGCUAAUUACGUAGAGACAGAACAAAUACUCUCCUUCCGCCACCACCAGUUGUCCUUCACCCAAGUGCGUGGUUCCGUGCCGAUCUACUGGAGCCAGCCUGGAUACAAGUACCGACCCCCGCCCCGCCUUGAUCGUGGGGUGACCGAAACGCAACAGGCCUUUGAACUCCACUUUACCAAGGAGCUGGAGACCUACGGGCGCGUGUGCAUCGUCAAUCUGGUGGAGCAGAGCGGAAAGGAGAAGACCAUAGGAGAUGCCUAUGCUGAUCACGUUAUUAAGUUUAACAACGAGCUGAUGAUCUAUGUGACUUUCGAUUUUCACGAUUACUGCCGUGGCAUGCGCUUCGAGAAUGUUUCGGCCCUGAUCGAUGCAGUGGGACCUGAGGCAGGUGCAAUGGGUUUCCACUGGCGGGAUCAGCGGGGAAUGAUAUGCAACCAAAAGUCCGUGUUUCGGGUGAACUGCAUGGACUGCCUGGAUCGAACCAAUGUAGUGCAAACAGCUAUUGGAAAGGCGGUGCUUGAAUCUCAGCUAGUAAAACUAGGACUCUCGCCACCCUACACUCCCAUUCCGGAGCAACUGAAGUCACCUUUUAUGGUGCUAUGGGCCAACAAUGGGGACAUUAUAAGUCGACAGUAUGCGGGCACCAAUGCCUUAAAGGGAGACUAUACUCGUACAGGCGAACGCAAAAUAAGCGGCAUGAUGAAAGACGGCAUGAACUCGGCCAAUCGCUUUUUCAUACAAAACUUUGCCGACUCGUUUCGCCAAUGUAUCAUCGAUCUGAUGCAGGGCCAGUUGCUGCGGGCAGAAGAGCUGCAAGAGGACGAGGUGCUGGACACCAUUCUCCAAAUCCUCACUCCAGAGUCACGUGCCCCGCUUCGUGGCUAUUAUAAUCCUGGUGUGUUGGGCCCCGAGCUGCAGUUUCUUGAAACCAUCGUUGCAACCAGUUAUUACUUGGCGCGCUUUAAGGACUCUUAUCGCCAGGCCACCAUUGAUCUAAUGCUAGGCAACCAGGUCUCCUCGGAAUCACUAAAUGCUUUGGGCGGCCAAGCAGGCCCGGAUGAAAACGAUGGAACGGAAAAUGCGGAGCAUGCCAAGUUGCUGGUGGAAGAUUGUCGUCGCCUGUUGCUGGGAACGGCUCAGUAUCCCGUUGGAGCUUGGGGACUCAUUGAUGCUGAUCCAAGCUCUGGAGAUGCAAACGAGACGGAGGUCGAUUCCAUACUGCUGCUCGCGGACGACUGCUAUAUAGUGGCUGAAUACGACUCGCACCUGGAUAAGAUUUUCCGGUUUGAGAAGGUGCAACUGACGCAGGUGCAUCUCAUAGAGCUAGGCAUGCAUCAACAGACGAAAAUCUUCCAGGGAUCCGCUUCAGCGCACCUUUGUCUGCGUCUUAACUACAACGUGGAGGAGCAGGAGGGCUACUUUCACAUGUUCCGCUCGGCAAAUCUGAGAUUCUUUAACAACAUGGCUUAUGUGAUCAAGACGCAGGAGGAGCUAACUGAAUCCCUGACCUCCAUUGUCGAGAUGUUCCGCAUUGCCCUAGAUAAUGCUGGGAAUACAGACGUUCGCUACGUUACGGGUGGUGUUCUGCAGAGAAGGAAAAGCAAGCUGCCCUCUUUGGAUGUCCCCAGGGGCAUUCCUCGCAAUCUUUCUGAAUCUCAGCUGGUGCAGCUCAGCUCAAAAGCUCUUUCGAAUGUGGCGGGUCAGUUCUCGAAACUGGGCCAGACCUUUAAGAAGUCACCAAGCGCCACCCAACAGCAAGCGCAUCCCAGCAGCUUGGCAGCCACCAUAAACCCGCAAGUGAUGCGUCAGUCAGGAGGUAACGAAAUUGAGUGUGGUCAGGAGGCGGAAAAGGCAGUAUUUACUUUGGGUCUCAAGCAGCGAAAUUCAAACAGCGCCAGCAGCACCGAUACCGAUGAGCAUGACAACAGUUUGUACGAGCCCGAGGUCGACUCCGAUGUGGAGAUAGGGCUGGAUAAGUCCAACUACAACGAGAAUGCCUUUCUGCCGUCGGUGGGCAUUGUCAUGGGCAAUCAGAAAGAGAACUCACCCAGCUCCUCCGAUGAAAUUCGACAUUUGGAGCAAAAGAACAGCAUGUGUAAGACCGCUGAGGAUGUGCUAACCAUUUCCAUUACCUCCGUGACGGAUCACGUUGGUCUCCCCACGGGACUGCUGGAAAAUGCCCCGCCAAUUCGACCCAUCACGCCCAAUCCGCUGAUCUGUGUACAAGCUCAGGAAGCUUUUGACGACGGGGAGGAAGAGGUGAAGCCUCUGUCCAGUACGUCACCCAGAGAUCUUAGCCUUCCUGUGGGAUUGCCCACUCAGCCCGAAGCCAACAAAUUGAAGCAGCUUACCAGUCCGCUCUCAAAACUGGCAAGAAACAUUGGUCUAAACCUAGAUCCCCGCAAGAUAGCCACAAAGACCGUAGUCUCCACACCCACCUCUGUUUCCGUCGAGAACUCUCCGUCAGAACCUGGUCCAAACUCAAGGGAUCAUCUGCUGGAGCUGUGGAAAGCCGAGAACUGCAAAACCAAAUUGAUAGCCCUAUAAAUGGGUCAACAUGCAGCAAUACCAGAAGCUCCCCACUUUCGAAUUAAUUAGUGCAAGUGAUAUAUUUACUUAGAAAAACAAAACGGAACUAAUGGUUCUACCUCUUCUUCGAUGCACUAACAUUUAUGUCAUAUUUGGGAAAACAAAUUAAAGAAAGGUCAACGAUUUAGAGGUUCAUAUAAUGUAGAUAAUAUUUUUGAUGUAGUGUAAUGAGUUAAUACUUUAGGGGGUUACACACUGAAGAAUUUUCAAACAAUCGAUAUUAACUGUUUCCUUUAUAUGAGGUAAGGUAAAGCAAUCAGCCUGCUAUCAGCAAUUAGCAAUUUUCUCGAAUCAUGGUGUUUCAAAUCGACACGCACCCUAUGCCAAACGAAGGAAAACUGAUGUAUCGCCGUUUUAGAUUUAUUUAACUAAAAAAAUUUGGUUUUUACUUCAAUAUUAUUAAACAUAUAUCCAAUAUACCAACAAAUAAGGAAAUAACUGUAUACAGUGGCGUAACUCCCUAUGGUAACCAAAAAUAAGGUUCGACUUUUUCCACUGCAAGGUUGACUGGUUUUGGUACAAACUGGCUGAUAUAGAAUAUUUCAAGCACAACUGCACUUCAGAUUUUGAUCGCUUUAAUUGUAGGAAUUUGUUUAAUUUAUAAUGUAUGAUUUAUAAAGCUAAAAUGUGAUUUAAUAUUUUUGGCAGUUCGUUUCCUUUUAUUAAUUUACUACAAGAAAAUACCUAAAUUAUAAUAUAAAUUCAAAUUGAAUUAGAAUGGAAUACUCCUGACGACGUAAAACUAUUUGAUGAUUUACUUCAAAAAGGAAUAUCACCCUUUGUAUAUUAAAAUAAAUUAGCCUGCUCAUUUUAUAAAGUUAUAUCUUGUUGUUCUGUGCUAAUACAGAAGUUUAUUCUACUUUCUGCAAUCAGCUUCGACAGUUAUGCUUAGAAUUUAGUAGAUAUCGACUUACAGUUAUACGUAAGUCAUGUUUGAAAAUUAGAAAUUCCAUGAAAUGGAACAAGAAGUCAAGACAAACAAAUGAUUUGAAGACCGCCAAUUUUUUACACGUCACACUAACAAUAAAACGAUUUCACAUUUUGGUUAGAAAUUAAACCAAAUAAUAAAACAAGCGUAUUGGUUAACGAAUUGUGCAUGAGAAUUGAGAGGAUUUCAGAAAAGCCAACAAAUGAUCGACGAAUUAUACACAUACAUUUAGCAUAAGAAUUCCAUCAAUAAUACUCUGUAGUGUGUUUGUAAAUUGAUGAAUAUUUUAUGCUACGUCAUACAAUUAAAACUACGUAAGCGCCACCGAGUAUAUGAAAUAUAUGUGUUUAAAUGCUUAA